GGGUCGGAGGGACCAAGUAGUGCUGCGCUCGGCGGUGCCCUUGACAGCCGCUCGCGCCCCGACUGGCCACAACGAGCGUCCGCACCACGAUGUGAUCCUCCGCAGGCGGUGGGACACCCGCGAACGACCUCCGGCCAUGGGCAAUGGCAUGAACAAGGUCCUUCCCGGACUGUACGUGGGCAACUACCGGGACUCAAAGGACGCCGCUCAACUAGAAAGGUUUGGUAUCACGCACAUAGUCGCAAUCCAUGACGCGGCUCGCAAGCUUCAUCCAGACAAACACUACCUCUGUGUGCUGGCCUCGGACUCGCCGGGCCAAAAUCUGUCCCAAUUCUUUCCUUUGUGUAAUGACUUCAUUCACGCGGCUCGACUUAGGGACGGCAACGUCCUCAUACACUGCCUUGCUGGGAUGUCGCGGAGUGUGACGGUGGCGGUCGCCUACAUCAUGUCGGUCACAAAUUUGGGGUGGAAGGAGGCGCUCAAAGUAGUUAAAGUGGGCAGGGCAGUGGCCAAUCCCAACCUCGGCUUCCAAAGGCAACUAGAAGAGUUUGAAAAUUUCAGACUGGUUGAUGAACGGAGAAGACUCCAAGAGCGAUUUCCCAGUUUAGCGUUGGCGCCUUCAGAUAAAGCCCAGUGCCAGCGAAUGUUGUUGAACUAUCAAAGCAUGAUAAUCUCCAGGGAUCUAUGCGAAGGCAGAUGUUCUCUGGGCCAAGUGUGCCCAACUGGAACGUGCAGGGUUGCCUCUAAGAGGUCACCGCGUCGAAAGGCGUCGCUCAAAACGCCGCCGCCGUCCGGCAACUCGUCACCUCGAAUGCUUCCAGCCACCCCGGCGCAGAGCCGGCACCGCUUUUCGACGCCGUGCUCGGCGCCCGCAUCUCGCAGCAACUCGCGCGUCGACCUUUCCUGCGCCGGCGUCGACGAGGUGCCCGCGGCGUCGGCGCCCGGGCCCUCAGGGUGUCUUCAGCGCGUCGGCUCCUUCACCAACGGCGCCGUCGGCGGUCGUUUUCCGAACCCGGCGCGACCACUGCGGACGCAGGCGUCCACCCAGUCCCUGGUGGCCCGCGCCGACUCCCUCAGAGGCGGACCCUCCCUGCAGUCCCUCAACCCUGACUUUGUUGUGACCCCUCCGAGCACCCCCAGACCGCGCAAUAGGCGGUCCUAGCCUUGUUCCAUAUUGGAAUCACCUUUCGACGGGGCGUGUUUUGAGCUUUGACAUCGUUAUUUUUGACCUGAUGUUCACUAUUUCACUUAUAUCAGUUCAAACAACGCAUCAACCGUUUUAACAAUGACUGCCGCGCUUGAUUAAAAUUAUUUGGAGUUAUCAUUUUUUCAAAAUCCAAAAAUCUUGUCCUGCUCAUUCCAUUGGUUUUUAUUAUUUAAAUUUCCCUUAAUUUUUAAAUUCAGUAAAUUUUAUUUUAAACAAAAGCAGUUUUUCUCAUUUAUCGUUCUUUAAAAAAUAAGCUAUAAAAAAAUGGAGUUUUGUUCUGAACUUCAAUUUAAAAUUUUCGAACUUUUUUUGGCAGGGUUGUAUUCAGGGUAAUUUACCCUUUGGUACUUUAAAAAAUCUAAAAAAUCAGUUUAGAUCAGGAAGUUUGAAUGAGACUAGUAAAAUUGAAUAAUUGAGUUGACAAAAUUCAAUUUUAUUUUCUGUGUCGAGCAGGUUGCAAAUAUGCACGAACAAAAUUCGACUCUUUCCAAAUUUUACAGACUGGCAUUUUUUUCUUUUCUCAAAUCUCCCUUUCUACUGCUCAAACUUUUUUUUACACCCCUGAUACUUAAACUGAUCCCUUGGCAAGAAAACUAAAUGGAGCUUUACGAGGCGCAGAAUAAUCCCUGCCCCUCGAGCAGCACAAUAAGGAAUUGAAGUUUUUAUAGCCCGGCUCCUUGGAAUGUUAUACACGGCUUUGCAGUCUAUUUACACCCUCUUUUUUUAAUCACCAAUGAGAAAAGGGUUCGGAGAGAACCCGACGAGCAGCUCAAAGUACGCCUUAAAAAUUUGGCAUUUUUCUUACCAUUGGUCCUUUUCGUUUUUGUUUACAUUUCCAGAUAAUUAUGAAUGUGAAAGAAAAGAAACAAUAUGAAUAACUAAAAUUAAGCGAAUAUAUUUCUUCUACAUUUGAAAACACGGAUAUGAUAAGUACAGUAUAGUUGUAUUAAUUACUAAGUAAUUGAAAUAUUGUAUAUCACUUGCGCUCACACUAGCUUUAUAUAUGAUAUUUAUGUGUACCUCUUAUAUAAUCUACUUUAGCUUUUGAAUACUCAAAUUCUCUGUGUAUUGUGUUAAAAAUUUGAAUAUAAUUAUUUUUAAGUGUAAAAAAAUUUUACUAUUGAAAUUGAAAAGAGUUACUGAGAGAUUACAAUUUUAACACUAUUCAACUUCUGUAAUAAUUUGAUUCUUGUAAAAGUUAAAAUUUUCAAAUUUUAAAUUAAUUGAUAGAAGAGUCUGUUGAAACUUCUUAUUAAUUUAUGUAGUGAAAUAUAAUGUAUGCAAAUGAUAGUCUGAAACUGCUGAAAAACUUGAUUGCUGGCGGAAAAUGUUCACUAAUAUUAGCUUCAUUGAAAUCAAGUGUUUGAUUUCCAUGCAUACGCGCAGCUGGCUGCUUUCAACAUGCAUUUUGUAAAAUUUUGACAACGGUUAUCUACAAUUUAAAUGAGAGAUGUUUCUGCUUUAAGAAUGUAACCAAAUUAACAGCCUGAAUAUAUUGAAAUCAGUGGUGGCAAAUUUAAAACAAAAAAUUUCUGCUUUGCUUGUUGCUUAAAAAUUGCAAUUUUUCCUCCCAUAUAAAAAAUGCAAUCAUUGCGCUGGACAAUGUGCGCUGACGUAGACCCAAAAAAGUUUAUGUUCAAAUAGGCUGUGCUUUCAAUUUGGCCAAGAGGGGGAGAAAAUAACAGAAAUAUUUACAGAUUGUUGUAAUAAGAGAUGAUAAAUAAAAUUGGCUGUGCACAAGUUAGUGGAAAUUAGUUCAGAGUAGCUUGUGAUGCACAAAAGUCAAGCAAUCCUUGAUGCAAUCAGAUGCAAUUAAGGAAAUAAUGUUAAAAAAUAUAUGUAUUUAAGAAUGAAAGAAUCAUUCUUCAUGCAACUCAAUAUUGAAAGGAAAUUAUUAACUUUAAAAACAAAAUUCAUAAAUGAUUUACUUUUGUUGCAUUAUUUUGUAAAAUCGUGUAACAAAAUACGUUUAUUUAUCUUCUCGUUAUAAUUAUUAUUAAUGCUUUUCCUGCUCGCAUAACUUCUUAUAAUGCCAAAGCCACUGCUUGAAAUCUAAAUGGAACAAAAUCGAUCACGAAAAGAGGUCAAUAUCAAAGCAAUUGCGAAUUGAAUUUAAAAUAACUGUACAACAUGCAAGACGCCUUAAAUAUAAGACAUGCCUAUCCCUGAAAAAGUCCCCAACACUAACCAAGAAUAAUACCUGGCAAUGAUAACGCAAUUAUGGAAUUAUGACGUUGCUUCUUGGGUACGAACACUACAAAGUGAUAAAAAAUAAAAUGUACCUAAGGAAAUCAUAAAACUUCAACCGAAUGCUGGUUUAUCAAGAACAUAUUCCAAUUUCUGUCUUAAUUUACAAAAAUAUAAUUUGAAGAUUGGACCUCAGCACUUUUAACUACUUCAAAACCGUUGAUGACUUGAUUCAUGCUGUAAAAUAUGCACAAUGAAAAGUGCACUGAGCACCUGUUUGUUUUAAACAUGCAUUGUGUUCUACCGUGUUCAGAACAGCAGAUGUAAUUCCACUCACUCAGAAUUUUAAUUAUUUGGGCACUGAUUUAUGCACAGCACGUGGGCUACGAUAUUAAGCUGCUGUCAGGGCGACGAAACGGCCAGACGAGAGAAGAAUAACAAAUAUUUUUAGAGUGCUUCGAGAUUGAAACAAACUUUUGCAAUAAUAUUUUUGACUGCGGAGAGAAUUCAAUUGAAGUUUGCCUGCUUACAGGUUUGGUAAUUGCGUAAGGCAUUUGUAGUAAUUAUGUACACACUGACGUCAUAACAAAUAAAAACUCUUUCUUGC